AGCCACCACCGACGACGCCGACACUAGCAGCGGCUUAAGCCUCGAGAAGAAGCGAGGACUAUCAUCUUUAACCAUCACCACCACCACCACUCUAACAUCUCCUCGCUAAAUAAGAUGGCGCCCUCCUCGUAGACUUGAAGCCGCCCGGCGCUGCAGGCGGCAAACGCGGCCGCCUCGCUCCGCGGGGCCCGCUUCGAGGCCGCGGGUCGUCGUCGUCGUUGUUGUAGUUCUCGCGGCGUCCACGCUAUGAGAAGACCCACAGGGAAUGGGUGUGGAUCAGGUGGAGGAGGGAGAUGUGCCGGCAAGGGGGCUCCACCAGUGUGACAUCUGCAACCAGCUCUUUCACAAGCACAGCCAGCUCCAGAAGCAUCUCCGACAGCACCAAGAAAAUGACAAGCCUCAUCGAUGUGACCAGUGCCCAGCCUCCUUCAAUGUGGAAUACAACCUGUUGCUGCACAGGGCCACACAUUCAGUGGACCAGACUGCAUGUCCAGACUGUGGGCGCACAUUCUCACGAAUUGCCAGCCUCAAGGCACACAUCAUGCUUCAUGAAAAGGAGGAGAACCUGAUGUGCACAGAGUGCGGGGAUGAGUUCACUCUGCAGAGCCAGCUGGAGCGCCACAUGGAUAUGCACCGGCAGGAGCUUUCGGGGGCACGCACCUUCACCUGCCGCAUCUGUCAUCAGGAGUUCCAACGCGUGUCCACGCUGCGCGAGCACAUGCGCUCCCACUACAAAAUCAGAGCUUCUCUUUCCACAAGGUCAUACAAGCGUAAUAUUGACAGGUCUGGGUUUUCUCAUCGUUGUGAGCAUUGUAUGAAGACCUUCCAGAAGCCGAGCCAACUCAUACGCCACAUACGCAUACACACUGGCGAGCGCCCCUUUACUUGUGAGGAGUGCGGCAGAGCCUUCAACCAGAAAGGAGCGCUGCAGAUUCACAAGGCCAAGCACACUGGAGAGCGCCCCUACCGCUGUGCCUUCUGCCCUCACACCUUCUCACAAAGAGGCAACCUUAGGGCUCACAUUCAGCGGGUCCACUCUGAUGCGAAGCCUGGAGGGGAGCAGCCAGUGUUCCAGUGUGAGGACUGCAGCUGUGUUUUCAAAAAGCUGGGCAGUCUCAAUGCCCACAUCAGCAGGAUGCACACAGACGAGUCGUACACGAGCCAGCUGCUUGGUGAUGACACUCAGACUGUCGCAACGCCGGUGUCAGGAGCGGGACCUCAGGGAGCCCGCGGAGUGACAGACGUGAUACAGCAGCUCCUAGACCUCUCGGAGCAGGUGUCCGCUGACCCCACCCACGGCCAGCCACAGCUUCAGCAGUUGAACUUAGACUCGGCAUCCAUCAGCCAGGACAUUCUUCAGCAAGCGCUCGCGAACAGUGGCUUGACGGCAAUCCCGGUGGAGAGCCAAGUCGCCAGUGCCAUGGCAAGUGGCAACGAGGUGCCGGCGGCGCUUCAGAGAGCGGCAGCAGCGACGGUACCGCGCUCCACGGGGAGGCCGCGCUUGCAGCUGCCCGGCUCCCUCUCGCUGGCGCGGCAGGGCGGCAAGGAGGGUGGAGAAAGUACUCGUCGUUUCUCCGGCUCCUUUGCAGGACACCGUGUUUCGCAGUAUACAGUAGGGACGUGGCGAAGAGUGAAUGGCGUGCGCUGGCACAUGUGCCCUUACUGCAACAAGGAGUUCAAGAAGCCUAGCGAUCUUGUGCGGCACAUCCGCAUCCACACGCACGAGAAGCCCUACAAGUGUACGCAGUGCUUCCGCGCGUUCGCCGUGAAGAGCACGCUAACCGCGCAUCGCAAGACGCACACCGGUCUCAAGGAGUUCAUGUGCCCCCUGUGUGACAAGCUGUUUUCAACGCAGGGUAGCCUGAAAGUCCACAUAAGACUUCAUACGGGCGCCAAACCAUUUGACUGUCCACACUGCAACAAGAAGUUUCGCACAUCGGGCCACAGAAAGAGCCACAUAGCGUCUCACUUUAAGGAUGCGCAGAUGAGAAAGCAGCGCUUUCCACGAAAGCCAAGCCGGUGCCGACUGCCAAAGCAAGACAUGGGCCUCCCAGAGAUACCUUUGCAAGAGCCCAUACUCAUCACCGAGUCUGGGCUGAUCCAGCAAGUUACCCGCAGCAGUCACAUGUACAGCCAGUACCUGCCUGAUGGAAUGUUGUCAGAUGGAUCAGGAUUAGAUAGGCCUUAUCGCUGUGGCUACUGCAACAAAGCGUUCAAGAAAUCAAGCCACUUAAAGCAGCAUAUCAGAUCUCACACGGGGGAAAAACCUUACCGCUGUGGGCAGUGCAGCCGCUCCUUUGUGUCAUCGGGUGUACUGAAGGCCCACAUUCGCACGCACGUGGGCCUCAAGGCCUACAAAUGCGUCAUGUGCGAUGGCACCUUCACCACCAAUGGCAGCCUCAAGCGCCACAUGUCCACACACAGCGAGACAAGGCCGUUUAUGUGCCCUUACUGCCAGAAAACCUUCAAGACGUCUGUCAACUGCAAAAAACACAUGAAGACGCACAGGUAUGAGCUGGCUCAGCAGUUGCAGCAGCAGAGCACGCUGCCGACCGAGCACAUGGAGGACAUGGCAAGCCACCAGGGGGACAGCUUGCAGCAACCGUCCGCCAUCAGUACCCAGCAGCAAGGCAUGCUUGUGCUCACACCGGAGCAGUCGACGGUCAGCAGCGAGCAGCAGGCCAUGCUGGGAUUGGGUCAGCAGCAGCCUUCUGACCAGCAAGCACUGCUCGGGUUGGCUCCGCAACAGUCUGCUCAGCAGCAAACGUUGAUCGGAUUGGAACAAACACAACAGCUGACCGAGCAGCAGCUCGUGCAAGGGACAUCUUUGUCUCAGGAAGAAUUUGUAACAUCACAACAUGGGCUGCAGGCAAAUAUGGAUCAGUUUGAGCAACAGACUCUCAGCCAGCAGACUUACGAACAGCAAGCGCUUACUCAGGGAUUUACAAUCACGGAGAGCUUUGGCCAGCAGGGCCAGUUCACAGCUGUGCAGCAACUGCAAGCUUCCAGCACUCUCGAGAGCCAGCCUUUAACGACGACCUAUCACUCGCAAGAGAUGCUGACGUCCCUGCAGGAGGCUUCCCAGCAUGAAGUGCAGCUGUCUGCAGAGCAAUCUGAAUAUCAGUCCGACGGAGAGGAAUCCACACGCCGCUCCUACCGAUGUGGAUAUUGCAAUAAAGGCUUCAAGAAGUCGAGCCAUUUGAAGCAACAUGUGCGAUCCCACACAGGAGAGAAACCCUUCAAGUGUGCGCAAUGUGGAAGGGGCUUUGUGUCCUCUGGGGUGCUAAAGGCGCACAUGCGUACACACACAGGGGAGAAGGCGUACAAGUGUGACCUGUGCGACGCCACAUUUACCACAAAUGGCAGCCUAACACGGCACAUGGUGAUGCACACCAGCAUGCAUCCCUUUAAGUGUCCGUUCUGCGAGGAGAGUUUCCGCACUUCCCUCCACUGCAGGAAGCACAUGCGCACUCACCAGGAGCACGGUGAUGCCGACGCAGACGACGAAGGCGAGGAGGGGGAGGCGGACCGCAUGGCGGCGGCGCGGCGCUCGCGGCCUGGCAUCCUCACGCUGUCCCAGGAAGAGACGGCCGUGCUGGCCCAGUCGGGCCCCGCGGAGGCCGCCUCCGUCUCCGAGAAGUUGCUAGUGCAGUCGGCGGCCGAGCGCGACCGCGUCAGCGAGAUGAAGGACCGCCAGGAGGAGCUGGACGACGAGCCGCGACACCCCAACAAGUGCAGCUUUUGCCCCAAGAGCUUCAAGAAGCCCAGUGACCUCGUCAGGCAUCUGAGAAUACACACGGGUGAGAAGCCAUACAAAUGUGACGAAUGUGGAAAAUCUUUCACUGUGAAGUCAACGUUGGACUGUCAUGUGAAAACCCACACAGGCCAGAAGCACUUCAAAUGCCACAUUUGCAAUUCCCCGUUCUCCACCAAGGGCAGCCUUAAGGUGCACAUGCGGCUUCACACUGGGGCCAAGCCCUUCAAGUGCCCGCACUGUGAGCAGCGAUUCCGCACCUCGGGCCAUCGCAAGAGCCACAUCCAGUCUCACUUCAAGCCCUCGGGGGUGGUUAUCGGCAUCAGCGGUGGUGGGAAACAGAGGCCACGCAAAGGACCUUCUCAGCGACAGAAUUCUGAGAGCCUUCAGCCCGUCAGCAUGCUCUCCCCACCCGGGGAUCACAGCGUCUUUAUUACUAAUGGCGGUGUGCUCACAGCGCAGUUUGAGCCCAGUGUGCUGCAGUCGAGCGGUAUCGUUGGCCAAGCCCUUCUUCCAGCCUCAAUCUCUGGAGGAGACUUCACGGUGUCGCUGUCAGACUCUGGACUGGCCACACUGCAGUCUCUCGAGGGGAUACAGCUCCAGCUCAGCGCUGCAAAUCUGGUGGCACAGAAUGUGCAGAUUUCAGGCUUGGACCCAAACACCAUCAAUAACAUCACAUUGCAGAUUGAUCCCAGCCUACUUCAGCACACCCUGCAACAGAACAGCUUGCUUCAGCAACAUCUUUCAAGUGACCCAGCAGCCACGCUGGUGCAGCAAUCCGGCGGCCUUCAGCAAGCAGACGGCACUAUGGCCCCGGGUAUCACACUGCAGCAGGCGGCAGACGCGGCGGCAGGCGGUGGGGGCGGGGUGUCCGUGUCGUCGGCGGGCUUGACCCAGAGCAUCCUGCUGCACCACAGCGACGGCUCCCUCGUACCCAACAUGGUGCUUCAGCCGGCUUCGUCCACCAGCGGCAUGAUGCUCCAGCCGGUGGACGGAGCGGUGUCUGCCGCAAGCGUGGUGCUGCAGCCCAUGUGCUCGGUGUCCAAUUCGGGAGCGGUCACCCUGGGGUCGCUGUGCCAACAGGCCUCUGUGCUGACCACUGCCAGCCAUGGAGGUUCCCAAGAGCUAUCUCAGGUCAUCUCUUCCCAGCCUUUAAUGACUUCCAGCUCCGGUCAACAUGAGAUUACAUUAACCUUGGCCAACCAGACGCUCUCAUCCACUUCAACACCUCAGUCCAUUACUCUUACUAUAUCAGGACAAGAGCUGCUGCAGCAACAGAAUAAUGCCGAUGGAAGCCAUGCUGACACAGGCCUAACAACUAGCGAGCCAAGCCUGUCACAGGGCAGCUUGACGUUACCCAUGAGCGCGAUGUCCGGGGCCGAGGUCAGCGGCGAGACCGUGACCCUCACCAUCGCCGAGGCCCAGACAAUGGUCCCCCAUGGCAUGGAAUCUGUCACGCUUAACAUCACAUCUCAGGAGCAACCGUUUCCGUCAGUCUUGGGUGAGCCAAACCUCCCGGGCCAGGAGGCUGGAACGAGCCAGCAGAUGAUUCUAGUGAGCCACACAAGUGGGACCACAGACGGAGAUGUUACCACCUUCCAGAUGGGCGAGGGCUGCAUGAGCCUGACGGACGAGAGCCCAAUCGAGGAGGAGGAGGAGGAAGACGAAGAGGAGCCACCCAUCGUAUGCCCUGAGUGCCACCAGCCCUGCACCUCGCCAAUGCUCUUGCGUCAGCACCUGCGGUUGGUGCAUGGGGAGGACCGCUUGCACACUUGUCCUUUGUGCAGCAAAAGCUUCAAGAGGGCCACCCACCUCAAGGAGCACAUGCAGACACACGAGCCGGGAUCCUCUGCCUCUCGGCAGAAGCCACGCCUCUACAAGUGUGACCACUGCGAUAAGUCAUUCGCCAAACCCAGCCAGCUGCAAAGGCACAACCGUAUUCACACAGGUGAACGACCGUACAUUUGCCAGGUGUGCGAUAAGGCUUUCAAUCAGACAAAUGCUCUUCAAAUCCACAUGAAGAAGCACACUGGAGAAAAGCCCUACAAAUGCCAGUACUGCGACAUGGCUUUCUCUCAGAAGGGUAACAUGAAGAUCCACAUAAAGAGGGCACACGAGAUUUCACAAGGUUCGCUCGACAGGACAGGGAGUAGUGAACACGAGAGCGCAGAGGGACAAGAGCAAGACAACGACGACGUGGGAAACAUGGACCUGUCUUCUGUGGUCAACGACAUUUUCUAGCGGCUGAGGUGUAAAGCUUCCGCGCUAACGAAGGCCGUUGUCUACGUCACGAGGCGUGCGGCUAAGAUGUGUUUCUUCUUGCUAAAAAUGAGCACGUGUUAAUAGUGUCGUGUGAACAACACGACGCCCAUUUAAUAUUGUCACGCACGGUGUUAGAUGAUCAACACUACCAGAAGAGAGCCUUAUCAGCAUAUAAAAACACAUCGAUUAAUGCAAAUGGGCAUCCUCUAAACAAAAUGAGCGUGCCAUUGCCAUCGUUCGUUAAUAAGCUUUUUCUACCGUUGUGUUUGUAAAUAAUUUUGAAAUGACAAAAUAGAGAAACAAUUUACGGUUAUUUAUUGUGAAUUUAACUGCUGUUUAAUUUUGGUACGAAAGUUCCUUCUAUGUGUUAUUCUCAUUAUGCACAAUGCUCAAAGUAUGCAUAGGCCACAUCUAAAAAGAAGUGACAGCCUUCUGCUUAAUUGUGUUGUCGGUGACGUUACAGUGUUUGCAAGGGCAAUUGUGUCCCUUUAAUAGCCAUUAUAGCGCCUAUUUAAAGAGAUUUUGUGGAAGUGGGAUGUGAGCAUAUAUUUAGAUUUUUUUUUAUAUACUAUAUAUUUAUGAAACCAUUGAUGGAUAAUGUAAAUUAUUUCUCAAGACUGCUUUUCUGUUCAUUCCAAAGAAUAUUUUUGUAAAUAAAUUUUUUUCAUACAGAUGAACACAUUUUGCUUUGCAAAAGCAACAUAGUUGUUUUAGGUUUAUUUUAGGUUUUUUAUUUCAUGUCUUCACAUUGACACUAAAGAAACAAUUAUAUCUUGUGUCUUGAGUUUCUUUGUACCUGCGAUAACACUCAGUGUUUUCUGUGGAUCUCCAGCGUUCUUACGAAGCAAGUUGACCUGUUUAAAAACUCGUGCAACAAAAAUUGUUAGAACUAUUUGUGACAUGGGAACACAGUGGCGAUACAACAGCGACCCGUAAAUUGUAACUCAUGUCGUACUUAAAUGUAGCAUUAUGUAUUAUCUGAAUUAUUGCAGUUGCACUAAUUUUUUAAAUAUUAAUAAUAAAAUAACGUGGUGGUUUUGCAAGAGGCAUUUAACCUUCAUUUCCCUUGUCCUACAGUUGAUGGAUGGGCCAGUAGAAAUUAGGGCGCCAAACGUUUGAGACACAAUUCUCAGGAGAAACUGAUGGUAGCAUGAGUAAGAAGAGUGCUUUUAUUUAUCACGUUUUAUUUCCUUGCAAACAAAUGUAGAGGUUUUUUUAUUGUUAUUUUUCCCUGGCCGAUUGCUUUGCUAAUACCUUGGCAGCAAAUAAAAAGCCGUCUUGCUCGAUAGCAAAAACAACCGUGAGCCAAUAAACACACAGUCUUCUUUCUUUCCCUCCCUGGUAUCAUUUCAAGCAGACUUCCUUUAUAUUUUGACAAUUAUACCAAAGCAUGGCACUAAGCGAUUUAUUCGAGCAGCAAUGCCAUUGCUCAUCAAACAGAUAGAAUUUUCCUUUUUCCUCAUUGGGGUAUAAAAAGGUGGCAGGAGUGUAUUUUGAGAAAUGGAGUUUCUAACAUUUGGUGCCCUUUGUUAAUUUAUGCUUGCACACACAAGUAAAGUGAUGUCUGCUGGUAUAUUUACUAUGUGCAAAAAAAUAUAAUAUAUUUUCUCUUACUGUAAAUAGUAUAAAAAUUUGAACAAAUGAACGUUGCUAGCCCUUACCUUGUGUCUGACAAGGUGUUAGUAUAAUAAUAGCUGUCAAUGGGAAUGAGGUAUGUUUAUGGAGCAUAUUCAAUUAAGUGUCUUUUUACAUAAUUUUUUUGCUACUACUUGUACAUCUUCUGAUGUACGUCGAGGAAAAGGAAAUAGAGAAAGCACAUUUUGGAUCUGUGUACGUGUCUGUCCAAAUUGAGGACAGCCAUAAUAAAUGAUGCCUUGAAAAACUAUUGUCUUUUAUGCACACUUAAUCAGUAACAGGUUUGUAAGGCAACCACCCCUGUAUAGAGUUUGACAUCAUAGCUGCCUAUACUUGUGUUUUUGUUGUUUUCGCAUUAAAUCCAACAUGCAAACAGCUACCCCUGGGAGUUGCUCGCGGUGUGAAUGGCAGUAUGUGCCUUCAAUGCAACUUGUGUUCCAGUGCAGUAAAUUCCACGUUGCACACUGCGUAUAAUUUUUGCCGCAUGCCUCUUUAGGGACGAACUAUUGCACUAUAAUUUAUUGUUUUGUUUCAGUUUUCUUUAAAAAAAAUGUUAGCGAUAGCAAUUUUUAUUUUUGGGAUUAACUACCUCAGAUUAUUUGUGAUGCAUGUGCCAUGUCGUUUGCUGUGCUUCUGUAAAUUCAUGAAUGAUGGUUAUGUGGAUGAAAAGUUCAACAUCGUAUAAAUAUUGUGACCACCUUGCCCAUGAUUAAAAUUACAGGACAAAUGCAAGUGCUUUGUGAGAAUAUAUUUUUUAUAUUGUUUCAGUGCUAAAGUUUGGUGUCCAAUUUGUGUCAGUUUAUUUUCCUUAAAAUCAAAUUUUAGGGCAUUUAUUUUGAUAAGCUUAAAAAUAUGUAUGGUACAGUAAUUACAAUCGGUUUUCCUUACAAUAUCAUAUACUUGUUAAAAAAUGCGUUUUGAUCAUGGAUCCGUUGUGAAAGCAUUACGCGUUGGUCUUAGAAACUGUGCAGUGGAAGAUAACGGUAUAAUUGUGAUGGGAUGUUCUCUUCAUCGUACAUUUACAGUCCAUACCAUUUACCCACAUCUAUUGUAAUUGUAUGGUCAACUAUCCAUAUUUUUUCGUAUAAUCCGUGUUCCAAAAUACAGUGCAAGUGUUACAGCUUGUGAAAUUAACGGCAUAUGGAUCCUUGUAGUCACGAAAAACUUCAAAUCUCGAAUGAAAUUAACGGCAGUUGCUGAUAAUCCCAUCUCUUAAUCCUCGGUGGCUGUCUCGGCCCACGAUCAUGCGAGUACCGUCAAGGGGUUUUGUGAGUGCCCUUUUACCGUGGAGGAAACUCAAGCGUUCCCAAUGUUAUGUCAGGAAGGUUUUUCUUUUGUGAUGCACCUACUUCAAUCAUUGUUUAAGAAGCAUUGCUGGGCCUCUCGACACUUCUGACCUUUUCAACACCAGCCCUUGCUAAACCUGGGAGCGUUAAUUCGGCCCCAUUUUACAUUCUGUAUGUGCAUGCACCACAGUUUGAGUAAGCACGUCAUUUGUGUAUUUUAUAUAUUAAACCUUACGUGUACUAGGGGAGUGCAAACAAAUGGGGUUUCAAAGCUUGUCCUAAUUAUUAGAUCGAUAGAUUAGAACAUCCUUUGCGCAAUCAUUAAAAUGAGAAAAAAACAGCGUUUGAACUUUUUUCUUUCUUAUUUUUUUUUAUGUUGACACCUUGAAUCUUAAAUUGUCAGGCUUUUUUUCCGACGGGUCAGGUAUCGUAGAAUCAACUAUACAGAAUUCUUGAGCACAAUCGUCUUACGUUCGCUCGAGUGUAACAAAGAUUUGUUGGUUCAAUAUUGUAAGCGCGCGCGCGCACGUGGGCACUUGAGCAAAGUUUGCACGAGGAGUCAAAUGACCCAGGGGAAACAUCGCGAGAGAGAGAAGAAAAAAAAAGAGAAGUCUUUAGACAUGUUAAAUAUUGCACGCGUGUUAAAUUUGCAAUGCACUCAGUGGACGGGGAAUACACCAGCCGUAACACGGCACUGACAGUGCAGUUCUCCAGGCGUGAGUCUCAGAUUGCUCCAAGGUUGAACGUAUUUGACGGUUGAACGCGGCCCGUUUACUCGGGCGCUGAGAGACUGCGGGGUCUCCGGGGAUGAGCACACCAAGCGAAGCAUUUGACAGUCGUAGAACCACACUCCAAAUAAAGCGACCUCUGUUCACUUUGUCGCAGCCGAAAUGAACCCGCAGCAUUGUCUCUUUCGUUUCUGGGUCUGUGACGGCUUCAAGCUUAACCCCUCUGCACAGUUAAUCUUGCCGUGCUGCCGAGAUAGUGACGUCUUUUCCUGUUAUAUAUUGAUAAAUGAUGUACUGGUUUUCAUGUUUUGAAUUUUUAUGGAAUAAUAUACUCCAACCUCUCACGUUUCAGCACCUUAAACCUUAUCAGACAGUGCUGGCGGAGGGAAAAUGUCCACACACACACACACGCAAAUAUAACAAUUCGUAUGUAUUAAUAACAACUUAUUUUAA